AUGAACAUGGCGACCACAGCUGUGAAAGAGGUUGUGGUUUGUUCUACGUUAUUACGACAAUGCUGCUCACAGUGGAAAGGUUUCCCUCAAAUGAACGUUUUAAACAGUGCUUCUGUAAUUUCAGGUAUGAAUCAAUCUGUGUUGAAGCUCUAAAAGAUGUUGAUCUGUCGUACAUUAAAUUCGCCAAGUCUCCAUACUCAAAUAUCCCCGUGAGCUUCACACGAUGGAAUGAGUUUAGGGUUAUAGUAUUCCCUAGAAAUAAAAGUUUUCAAAUCGUUUUUGUUUUAAUAUCUUGUGGUUUAUCUGAGCUGCAUGGCGAUCCAAGCUGUGCAUUGAUGCAAUAAGUCACGUUUGUCGUGUAAGUGAUGUAAUGUAACUCGUCAAAGAUGUAAACUCUAUAUUACACGUGUAUCAAGGUGCGCCAGGGGAACGAAUGUGCUGCGUAUGUCCCCCCUAACUCCCAUGUCACGGUCACAGUAUAUUUCGUAUAAAUACUCGGAGUCAGCUUUUAAGAACUUUCUACACUAACAAACCAGAUAUUUUUUCGCAUUCAAAAUGAGUGUUCAGUGGCUCAGCCGCACAUGAUGAAAUUGUACAUGUGUAUAGUCUUAGAAAAUAUUUCCUUUGGAACAUAAUUUUAAAGUCUUAAAUUUGUUUCAAAGAGGAAGUAUUAUGUUAUCUAUUCAAAUCCUUAUAUAUGAAUGUUAAUCAGUUUCUACCUAGUGUUUUCCUCUAACUUUUUGCUAGGCUUGUCCUGGGAAUCUGGUAUUCUAUCAGGGUCACAUUCCUUUCCUUAAUUCUUGUUACCCACAUACUCAACAGGGUAUUAAAGUUGUUGGUAGAAUUUACAUUCUGAUCACUCCUUACAGACUAAUAGUUGGUGUAAGCUUGCUUAAAGAAUACAAAAUAUUUUAAUGGACUUUUCAGACUUGUGAAGUAAUAAUUAUUACAGUUUUCUUGUUUGAAGUAUAAUAGCCAAUUUGAUGUGUUUACCUCAUGCUACAGGUGUGCGAUUUUUUAGAGGAAGUAACAGAGACAAACGAAGACGAGAGAGAAAUUUAAGGCUAAAACUUAAAGAGCGAGAAGGAAUUCAGCCACUGUGAGUUUGUCAUAAUCAUUUUAAGAGUAUUUUUUAAGUUAUUAGGCUGUGAAUAGGAAUUGUGUCACCAUAACAAUUGAAGUGGUCUCCUUGUACCGUUGCCCAAAAGUGAAUUUCCAUCACCAAAAAGCAUGGUUGCAUUACCCCCAACUUUUGACCUAAGAUAAAUUUAAGGUUUUAAAUGUAGUUUGAGAUUAGUUUUAAAGUUUGAAGGUGCUACCACGCAAGUAUCAAAACCUCCAACCAACAAUGGCAGUGUUGUGACAGCUUAGUAAACUUUUCACUAGGGAUGUUCCAUCCAGGUUGGUAUAAGCAGUCACGGCAACCAUGCAAGGGUUUGACAUCACCUACAGUGUAAAUUGUCCUGUUUUUUUUUUGAGGGGGAGGGGGGGUAGCCCUAUUCCACAAUAAUAAUGAUUAUAAUAUUCUUUAAAUGGUGAUUAGUAGUAGUUGGCUUAAAGAGUCCAUAGAAAUUUUAUUUUGAACAAGACCACAAUUUUCUUAAGCAAAGUUAAGCAUUUACUGGUGAUCUGAUGCAGUGUUAUUGAAAGUAAAUGAAAGCAUCAGUUCAGUAAAUUAAUUUAUGUUGUUGUUCCUUUUUGCAGAGUUUUCAACAAAAAAGAAUUUUUCAGAAGAAACUUUGAAAGAGAGUUGUUUGCAUUCAAGAACAGACUGGGUUUAACUUUUCAAGAUGAUAACACACUUAGAACGGCCUUGACUCACGAGUCCUACAAACAUGACGGUAGAAAAGGAUCAGUUCACACACAGGAGAAUAAUGGAAAACUGUCACUGAUUGGUUUGUAGUUUUCCAUUUUUUUUUAACUCUUAAUUCUGACAUCUUGGCUAUAUUUUUUUUUUAAUCAGGACCUGUUUAUAUCUAUGGUAAAUAGAUCUGUGAUAUCUCUCAGUUACUUUGUUUGCCGUGAUUGUUCAAUUUAGUAGGCCGUGUUUCACUGUACAGCCUCCUAGAUUUAAAGUUUUGUUCAAAAUGAAAUCUUUCCCUUCUUUUUGAUCCCAGAUAUGCAUUAAAUAUCUUACUGACCUCUUUGUCUUGAUUUUUGGCUCAGUUGCUUUUCACCAGUAAUAUAAAUCCAAUAAAAAAAACUUGAUUUAUAAUUUAUAGAACAGACCUUGAACUUGGUUAAAAAAAAAUUGCACCUUCCCUAUUGUUUACGUAUUUGAAAAUUUUGUGCCUGCAAUCAGAAUUGUACAGGUUGUCUCUCUGUUAUGAUUCAAUUUUAGGUAGUCUACAAGAGAAAUGAAAAAAAUUUGUUUUUCUUUUACAUGGUACUGAUCAUUUCUUUUUUUAAUAUCUUUUUUUAGGAGUUACAGCUUCUUCAUUGUAUAUUGUUGAUCACUUGUGUAACACAUACCCCUCCCUACCCUGCUUAGGUGUAAGGUAAAUAUCUUACAAACAAAUUCCGUAGUGUCACUGUUUGAUUUUGGCGUUGAAAGUAGCAAACCAUGCAAAGUGCAUGUACAGCUGUAUAUAGUAUUACGUUUGUGAGACUGAUUUAUGGCACAGCUAAAGAUUUGAGCACACAGUCUCUAUGUCUCAGGGACAUGUAUAGUGUUGUGUUAACCUUUAAACUCUUAAGAUCUGAUUGUUAAUUCUCCCCUCCAGCUGCUACACAUUUCCUUGUAAAUAAGUUACAAGAAUUUGGUGUUAGAUCAACAUAACAACCUCUACCUGAUAAUUUUGAAUAUUCUCAUGACCUGUUAGCUGGAUAAUGUUUAGAUAUUAUAGGGAGAAGUUUCUUGUUGAUCACACCUGGAAGUUAAAGGGUUAAGGCUGCAGAGACAUAUAUUGUGCCCAAAAUCUGAAGCACAAAGCAACUUUAUAGUUACUGUACUGAAAUUUGGCCAUUACCUCACAAGUCAACACUGCAAGGUUAACCUGCCUAUGAUACUAAUACAGUAGAACUAUCCAAUAUUUUUAGAAGUAAGAAAAGGACGAAAAAGGCAACAAUAAGAUAAUAAGUAAUUGUUUAACAAAAUUUUUGAUUCACCCUAGAUUGAAAAUGAAAAUACAGCAUUUUAUUCCUAGUGCACUGUCCAUAUCAAGUGUUUGUGAAUACAACUCCAACAUACUGAUGGAAUGUAAAUUAUGUGUUUUUGCUUUAACCCUUUAACUCCCAAGAUCUGAUUGUUAAUUCUCCCCUGUAGCUGCUACACAUUUCCUUGUAAAUUAGUAAUGAGAAUUUGGUGCUAGAUCAAGAUAGCAGCUUCUACCUGAUAAAUUUGAAUAUUCUCAUUGCCUGUUUGCUGAAGAAUGUAUGGAUAUUGUAGGGAGAAGUUUUAUCUUAAUCACUUCUAGGAGUUAAAGGGUUAAAUAUCAUAGAAACUAAACUUAGUUUUGCAACAAUAUCCUUUCUCAAGUGAUUUCUUUUUCUUCCUUGAUCCAAAAUCUCAGUUUUUGUGCAAUUUUUCAAACCCCCAAGAAACACCAUCAAAAUUAACUCCCUGAUUAUUAACAUCAAACUGCAUUCCUUUGCACAGAUGUCUUCACGAUUUUCUUAUGGGCAGAAGUACCAUUGUAAAAUUAUCAAAACUCAUAGCAUUGGCAGACCUGAUCAGAAUGGAGGUAACUAAAUAAAUUUAAUAUUAGAGAUUUGAUUCAUAUCCUGUUUUCAGGUUUGUUGUAAUUUCUUAAAAACCUCAAUUGUAUUAAUUUGAACAUUGUUUCCCUCUAUUCUUCUUCUAACUUACUGACGGCAAGGAAAAUUAUUAAUCAAGCUUAAUUGAAGUACGGUAUGUAUAGUUGUUUCAAGGCAAAAGUGUAAACAGCAAUCUCAAGCGGUAAUCUUGGUAUCCAGUAAUUGAUGAAUUUUAAUAAGUGAAAUAAAUUUAAAAAAUUAAUCUAACCUACAGUAUCCUUGCUGUGACACAUUCUCAGUUUUCCCUGAAAUCCUAUGGUCAAGGAGCUGUGACCUGAGAACUACCCACAAUACCUUUUCAGGUUGUCUUGUGCACUUUUACACUUUUUUUUUUCUGGCAACCUGUCUCAAAGCUGUUGUAUACACAUAUGUGUCACUCUUGGUGUAACCUAAUGAUGUUGAUGUUUGAUACUCCUUUCUGCAUUAAUUUUUUUUUUCCUUUGCUACACAGCAUGACUUAGAUGAACUUAACAAAGAGAAACAUCUGGAUUAUAGACAGGAGGAUGUCAUUUGUGAUGCAUUCUUCGCAUUUAUUGGAGCAAUUUAUAUUGAUCAGGUAAGCUAACAUGUAAAAAUUAAUAAUAUAUAAUAAUUACUGAUUAUAGCAUAAACAAAAUAUUUUUCAUCUCACAUUUAAGUCUUUAACCCUUUAACUCCCAAGAUCUGAUUGUUAAUUCUCCCAACUAGCUGUUACACGUUUCCUUGUAAUUCAGUUACAAGAAUUUGGUGUUAUAUCUUGAUAACAACAUUUAACUGAUAAGUUUGAGUAAUCUCGUUACCUGUUUGUUGGAUAGUGUAUGGACAUUGUAAGGAGAAGUUACAUGUAAAUCACUUCUGGGAGUUAGCAAUUAUCCCAAAUUCAUUGCAUGAGAGUCCAUUGCUUCAUCUCCAUUCCAAUCAACAACAAUAAAUACAUAUACCUUGGUACCUAUAUUGCAAAGUACUAACAGCAAUUAUUUUUUUGCUUUAGUUUAUGGUAUAUAACUCUGUGAUUUCCUUUCACAAAAAAGCCAUUAAUUUUAGUGAGUGAUGUUAGGUGUAUGGGUUAUUUUGUAAUUAACAAAGGUAAUAUAUUAUUAACAAGAUUAAUGUGUAUUUGUGUUUGAUUGUAUCACUUAUCUGAUUGGUUUGCAGUAGAAAAUUUCAGUAUUUUUUUUAUUGACAAUAAUUAUUUGAAUUUAAGGGACCUGCUGAAGCAAGAAGAUUUGUAGAUGACUUUGUCAUUACUCAGCUUCAAGGAGAGGAACUUCAUAAAAUUCUUCACUUCCCAUCAGCAGAAAUAGUCCUGACCAAUAUCUUUAUAACAGGUGGAAAAGAAAAGCCUGUUGCAAGGUAAAAUUAGAGGAUCUAAACUCUUAUUAUAAGUAAUUAUGGAACAAAAAACAUCUCUCUUAUUCUAUGAACAAACAUGAUUGACAUUGCUGAUCCAAGCAGUAUACAGGAAGUGUGUCAUAUAUGAACUUCAUAAGGGCCCAUGCUCACCAUAGAGUCUCUGUGGCUCAAUGGUAAAGCAUCAGAGUGUGGAUUCCUCUUGGGAACUCAUAAUUUUUUCCUUUGUCCAACGCUCCUGACCUGAUGAAAAACAUCUUUCUGUAAAAUAGUUGUACUUGCAAGGGUCAAUGAUAUCUCAACAUGCACAGAAAUGUGUUUUUAAACUGUCAUGAGACAGAUGACCAGCUCAGUUGUUAAACUCUUUAAACCCUAAGAGGGAUAAGCAUUCUAAUUCUCCUUACAAUAUAACUGCUGAAUCAAACAUUAAAGUCUUGAGAAUAGAGGAAUUGAACACCUAUCAAAACAACUCUUGAUUGUAAAACAAAUUCUCCCUGUCAGCUCCAUAGAAAUGUAUAGAUGUAGUAUGGAGAAUGUGUAUACUGAAAAAGGUUACUGCAAAGGGCUAAGGGCUAAGUUUGAAUUCAGCUGUUUUCUAAGAGCUUCCUUGUCUCUGGGUUAAAUACUAAUUAAAUUGUUGCAGACUAAUGGUUGCAAUUGAUUGAUCUACAUGUAUUGUUUGCAGAGUAAUCCAAGAAAGUGGAGUGAAAACAAAUUUCCCAAUCUAUGUAGUAGGUGUAUUCUCUGGAGAGCAAAUGAUAUCAGAAGGUAAAGAAUAGCCAUCUUAUUUAUUAAACCUUUAACUCCAAAGAUCUGAUUGUUAAUUCUCCCUUCUAGCUGCUACACAGUUGUAAAUUACAUAUAGUUAUGAAAAUUAAGUGUUAGGUGAAGAUAACAACUUCUAUCUGAUAAGUUUUAAUAUUCUCAUUACCUGUUUGCUGUAUAAUAUAAGGAUAUUAUAGGGAGACUUUUCAUGUUUGAUCUCUUCCGGGAAUUAAAGGGUUAGUAAGUGAUUAAGACUGGCCUGGAACUUAACACCGAACAAUGCUCAGUAAAUUACAAUUUCUUUGACAAUGAAGCAAUGUGCUUAAAUUCAACUCUUGUAUCUAUUUUGGAUGUGAUUGAAAUAUUUUGAUUGCUAACAUGAUUAGAAAGCUUAACUGUAUAAAAAAUCCCCCUGGAAUGUUUAGAGCUUACAAGAAGAGUUUGCAAGUCACAAGCUUAAGGCAAGUGAUUUUCAAGCUUUGUGAGUGUUCUACCACCAUUCCAAGUGGAUUUUGACACUCCUAGAUAGAUAGAAAGUGAAUUCUACACAUAUUUUCAGAUUGCACUCUUAGUAUAGCUGCCCCUGUUUUCCAGCCCUCAUUGUUAUUCAGGGCAUCAAGCACACAUUUAAUGUCUUGUCCUUUCAACUGAAAAUGAAAAUUGAAAUUCUGGGGUUUAUAUAAAGGUAGUAUUUGACCAGUGAGAUCAAUUGUAAUAUUGAGGUUACUUUAUGGCUCAGUCAACUUUUAGCUACUUUUUUUUUAAUACUUCUUUUCAAGAGCGCACAAUUUCAGAUCUGCAUCAUAAUUUAUAUUCUUCCUCUCUAUGGCCAAAACUUUACAAAUGUGUUCACUUGAUGUAUUUUUUUGUUCCUUUACAAUUUUCAGCUUCAAGUUACAAUUUGCUCACUGCUACACAUGAAGUAAGUGAAUGAUAAUUUUUUAUGUAAUGGUUGUGAUGUGUAGAACAUGUCUAAGUGAAAUGCCUUCAAAUGAUUCAUUGAUUGACUGACUGAUUAACUGACUGACUGACUGAUUUGUGUUUCUGCAAGAGAGUUAACUUUCAGGGUAAACUGACAAAAUUAUUGGGAAUUACUUGUGUUGAACUGUCUGUCUGAUUGGGGGUUGGGUCCAAAACUAGCAUCAUCAACAGUGUAGUUGGAAGCCAGUUACCUGUCUUGUAUCAAUUGUGAACCACUAGGGUGGUGGGAGAAUGCACUCUGAUAUCUGUAUGGCAUUUAUUGGCAUGUUAGGUUGUUUUAUUCCUUUAAUGAUCACUUUUGCAUGGAAAUGGGAGUCUGAUAUACCUUUUGACCACUCUUACUAACCACGCCCUUGCCUCACAGCAAAGUGGAGAGGCAAUUCUCCUGGGUGCCUCAUAUAACAAAGAAUAGCAAGAAUAUCUUUCUGAAGUUAAUACCAAUAGGUUAGUUUUUUUGAGAAGAAAUCUGACAUUUAAGCACUUUUUCUUGUGUUUUAGGCUUGGAAGGCGGCACUAAUGAAAUAUUGCCAAGAAGGAAUGCUGAUGCCUUUCCCCAAAGAGCGUAAAAGUGUACAGAAUGUCUCAUGUUAAAUAAACCACCCUACUUGUAAAUACUGUAUUGUGAAAGGAAUCUUCCCUCAUAAUCCGUUAAAUAACAGUGCUGUGUUAAAUGAUUUCAAUUAGGAAAUCUUGGUAUUAAGAUGAAGAACUCUUAAAAUGAAGAAUUCAAGUGUUGUCAUGACAAGAUUAAAGGAAUGGAAGUAAUGUCAUAAGGAUUGUGCAAAUGGAUAGAAAAUAGGGUGAUCUAUUCCAUACAAAGAGAAAAACAAAGUUCUGUCAACACUUCACUUUAAAAUACUGGAUUUCAACUCUUAACUUAUCCAACUUUCUAAACAUUUCAUGGGGACUUAAGUAGUCAGGCUUACAUCAAAAAUUUUGAAAAUAGUAACCCCUUACACUCCAACAUCAGUAUGCAUAUUCUCCAUACUUUCUCUAUACAUUUCUUUAGGUUCUGAAAAAGAGAAUUUGUUUAACAAUCAAGAGCUUUUUUUAUUAGUUAUUGAUCAUUUCCCUUAUUCUCAUGACCCUGAAUGUUUUCUUCAGGGAUGAUGUUGUUAGGAGAAAUUAGAUGCCAGUCACACUAAGGGGUUUAAGGAUUAAAGAUUUUGUUAUUUUUUCAAUGAAUGUGUUGGGAAGCUGAUUAGUAUCAACUCCUAUCAUAAGUUUUCCAUAUUCUGCCUCUAACUACUCACAGCUGUUAGUAGUCGGUCAUAUAACUUUAAACGUAGGUGUAAUUUGCCGAGGAGGGGAAGGGGGGGGGGCUGGAUGUGGUUGGUAUAAAAGGGGUUUACUGCAUAUCUUCAUCAAGCACCUGUAUUAAGACCUCAACAGGAGGGAAUUUCUUUAUUUUUAACGAGCGAUUUUUCAUAUUUUUCCACUUACACUAACGGUGUUAACAUACCAGCGCAAAGGUGGCGUUCGUCUGAUCCUCUUGUUGAAAGCGAGCGGUGUUGGUGUUUCACUAACCUCGAAGCCCUCAUUGGAAAAUGCACAACCAAAUGCCAUUGUUAUUUAAUUUAUCAUUAAACGGUUGUGAAUAUAUGGAAGUCAUAUAGUUGAACUUCGGUUAAAGACGUGAAUGUGAAAGCGAUCUUCGCAGUAAUGAACACUACUUAAGCGGUAGUGAAAAUAAGGCCUGAAAAAAAAUUCAGACCUGUACGGGAUUUGAACCCAUGACCUCUGCGAUACCGGUGCAGUGCUCUACCAACUGAGCUAACAAGCCAACUGGGAGCUGGUUACUGUGUUGGUUCCAAAUAAAUUUAUCAUUAUCAUUACAAUUAUUAAGUUUACUUUGUAAUGAGAACUGCUGAACCUCCCAUUUGUAAAAUUAAACACCUAACGGGAAUUGUAUUUGGCGAAUGAUAAUUCAUGAGAGGAACUAUCUAUAAACCAACCUUUCCCGUGCGUUCACCAAGUAAACGGGCGUGUAAAAAUGGAACACAUUAGUAACACAAAAGGAAAAUAAGAAGGAGGCGUGAGAUGGGUCGCUUUUUGCUCUGCGCUAACACAGCGUCCUGUUCGUUUUAAAACAACUUUACUCGUUGACUCUCAGAAGUGAUCAACAUGAAACUUCUCCCUAUAAUUUCCUUACAUUAUCCAGCAAAUUGGUAAUGAGAAUAUUCAAACUUAUCAGGUAGAAGUCGUGUUCUUGAUCUAGCACCAAAUUCUCAUACCCAAUUUACAAGGAAAUGUGUAGCAGCUGGAGGGAAAAUUAACAAUCAGAUCUUGAGAGUUUGAAGGUUAACGCGGGUAACAGGCUCUGAGAAAUGUGGUGGCCUUAGGGACGGACCAACGGUAAAGAGAGAGGGGGUGGAAGGGGAGGUUGUAGGAAACGGAGGCAAUUCCCCCAUAUAUAACAAAGAAGGAAAAAUGCCCUCUUGUUAUAAAAAGAAAAUUGUAAUAAUUGCAGCUCCAGAAAAUCCCGCCCUAACCCGUGACUUUUCUGAGAGCCUAUCCCUAAUUUUCACCUUUUGGUUAACAUUUCUUCGUUUCACCUUUUUACGCGUGGGGUAAAUUAAUUGGAAAAGAGUGGUGUAACAGAGCUUCCAGUAGAUGCUUUUCACCAAACUUGUUGUACUUACUGAUCUCUGAUAGGAAACAGCUUGUGUGAACGAUUCAAACGGAUGUAAUCACACGUCAAAUCUUCAAUUGCUUACCUGCCGAUAUUUUAAACGGUAUUUGACGUACAUCACGCUUCAACGAAUCUUUAAUUGUUUGGAAAUAUAGAUGUACUCGUUUCGAGCGAAAGGUUCUAUAAUCCUGCUCACCGCUUAAGCAUUCAAACUGUUAUUAGUCCGAGAUGAAUGUGGCAUACUUUCGCGUGAUUAAUGUCCUGGUGUUGGUGAUGUUUGUAUUUAAAAUUUCAGGAGAAACGCUGAACAGGAAGGGUGGGAAAAAACAGUUGAUCAUGUAUCAUCCGAAACCACAUCAAUCAGGUAAUUAUUCGUAAUACCCCUGUUCCUUGUAUUAGUGUCAUAGCCCCUCAGUCAAGUCGCAGAAAUCGCUCAACUCAAACACUGACCUUGUGCAGCUCAUGUGAAGUUGCCGCCAUGAAUGAACGUCUUAGCGGACUGAACCGCAGAUGUCGCUUGGCGAGAGGCAAUUAGAUCUCCGAGAAAACCUUAAGCAUACCUAAACUAUCAUGGUUCGCCAAAAGACAUUUUUUACGUUAAUUACGUUCUGAAUCUGUAUCACCGACUUAUCAGUCGUUUCUUUUGUGUUUGUUACCAAGGUCAAUACGUUGAGGUUGUCGAUAGCAUUUCUUUCAAACGUUUCACCCUAUUCAGGCGAUAAAAUAUUCGGGGACACUGUAAAUAAUUGAGUAGACUUUCUAAACGAACUGUUCCAUGAUAAAUGCUGAAAAUAGUAACCUGCUCAGUUGCUUUCUUCCCAAACAGCUAUUGUUCUCUACGGCAACGAAGGAAGCGGCCAAAAUGAGGCUGAUAAGGAAACAGUAAGUGGCUAAUUUUAAGUUUCCGCAGCCCUUUAUUUACCUGAAAUCUAAAGGGACUGACAUUUCUUAUUGGGUAUUGCUACUAUUGGAGUCCAGUCAUAGAGUGUGGUGUUUUCUCCAAUUGCCAUAUUUUUUGCCCACGUAGAUGAUCACGCUGAAAAUUUUUCACUAGUUUGAUAUUCGGUCGAAUUUCGGUACAGAGUCAGAUAUAAAAUUUUAAGCUUGUGUGUUAUGUAGUAAAACAGUGUGUGUGGUGGAUAUUUACUUACCCACUUUACAGCUGGGUAAAUAUCCACCAUUUUUACCUCCGUUUCGUAAGUCCCCCGAAUCCAGGCUCCAGGGUCAGGGUUGCAGAUUGUUUAAUGAACGCUCACAACAUUACAUUCUUUAUCAGAUUAACACGCUUUCAAACAAUCUUGAAACUGUGACGAGCCUGGUCAAAGCCCAGUCAGCAAUCAUAGAAAAUCUCAGCAACCAAGUCUCUACAGUUGUCAAAGGAACAGGCUAUGAGAAGGAGUUUAAACAAAUAUUUGACAAGUUCGCCAAUCAUACCAAGAAGAUUCAAAAUGUAACAAAGAAGUUGAAUAAAACAGUUAGCCAUAUUAACGAGCUGGCAGCAGUAUGGUCAGAGACAACCAUCACAUUUAGCAAAGAUUUCAAAAAGCCUAAAAGAGAAAAACAGGGCAAACCCAAGAUGAGAUAG